AUGGCCAAGCGGGGAGCGGCCGUGCUUCUCGUGCUGCUGGGCGUCCUACUCGGAAGAAUCCCAGCGGUCAGUGCAGGAAGUGAGAAAGCAGCCCAGAGAGAUGCAGUCCUGAAAGAGCUGGUUUCAAUUUGGCGGAAAGGAGGGGGGUGGUAUUCGCACAGAGAGCAGCCUAACCAAGCCAGUGCACAAGAUCAGAAAAUCCAUACUGCAGUGAGGAACAUCGUCGGGGGGCUCAAAACUCUGGGCCUCCUGCCUGCCAAGAGAAUAAGCCUGCCAUCUCUCAGCAAAUCCCUGGACAGGAACCGUCUCUCUGGUUUCCUUUACAAUAUUUCCAUGUACCUGCAGGGGGCGGCAGCGGAGUGGGAAGACGGGCCGCAGUUGACUGACGGGGAGCAGUUCUGGGAGAAACUGCUGUAUGCUCUCCUCCAGCCAGAAGGGGGCAGCACCUUUGGACAGUGGGAUGGGAAAAUUCCACCACCCAGGCCCAGUUUUAGGCUCCAAGAUUUCUUCUUGUCGCUCCGGGGCAGCCCGCACUGGGAUGGCUUUCUGGGACUGGUCCAAACCAUUCUCAGCCUCUCAGAAAGGCAGCCGCCCAGGCCGUUCCUUGCCUUCCUGUCACAGAACUGGAAGACCAUUAGUGCCCUGCUUGAGACUGUGCUGCAGGCUCUAGUCAGUGGAACAUAUGGGCAGGCCAGUGCAGGCCUGCAGGGCUUCAUCUGUGUUUUAAAGGGCCGCAACGACUGCGCCUUCAACACGGGCUGGCUGCAGCAGCUCAUGAGCUUUUUGGAAACGCGGAACUGGAAACCGAUGGUCAAUUUGCAUCCCGCGGGGGUGAACGGUGACCCGCAGGGAGGCUCCCCUUCUUUCGGGCGCUUCAAACCCUUCAGCAUGCUCCCCGGGGCUCUAAAGGAGGAGAACCUGUUCACCAAUCAGACGCAGCGUGACGCGGAGGAGCUGGGCGCCAUGCAGACCCUCCUCCUCCAGGCGCUGUCAAGGUCCACAGCCGGAGAACGGAUGGAGCCGGCGGUCGAGCCGAACCCCGCCCUCCUGCAGGGACUGGACGGCCUCAGACGGGGUCUCCUGCACAGAUUGGGCAGCUCUGUGUAUGGCAACCUCAGGAGGAAGGUGUCUCGCGUCACUGUGGCGUUGCUGGAUGAUGUCACCAGCCUGGUGGGCGUACCCCAUGCCAGUCGAUCAGGAAUGUGCUCUGUGGGUGACCUGAGGCAAUUAAUUCUGUGGGGAAUCAGGCAUAAUGUGACUUGGAACGCCCAGGCAUUGGGUUUCAGUGCACAGGGGCCCCCCAGCAGACCUCCCUUCAUGUCCUGCUCCACCUCUGGGGACGAGGGCAGGGCCUCCAGGCCUCCGCCUCGAGCUCGCAAAUCCAGGUCCCUCCUGCCUCACCUGCUGGCAGCGGGAGACAGGGAUCACCAAGAGGCGGGCUACCUGGCAUCUGCAGAGAUCCUGGAGGCGGCCUGCAACGACUCCAUCCCCGGGCUGACGGGCGUCUCCAACUUCACCGUCUUCCUUUACUGCAACCUGUUCGACGGGCACAGCGGCGCUCUGGACCCCGACGUGGGUCACGUCGGGCCGGACCUGCACAUCACGUGCUCCGACGCGGCCUGGUACCUCUCGGCGGCCGAGGACGACUUUAUGUGGGUGCACGUGUGCAGCGAGUUUUUCGCACACGAGUUCAACAACACCGUCUGUGCCAACUCGUCCUUCUGGCUGCAGCGCGCCCACAAGGCCGCAGUGACUAAGGACUAUCAUUACUACAAUCAGUCCAGCAUUGAUGAGCUGUGCGUGCAGCUGUCUGCCGAUGCCCCCGGAGGCCCUGGCGCUGAUGCCAGCGAGGACUGCCUGGUGCAGCUGGGAGCCCGCUCCUUGAGCGCAGAGGUGUUCAGAAGGUGCUUUCUGCCCAGCAACGUGGCCCUCAUCACGGCCCUGUGCGGGAACGAGUCCUCUCCCUUGCCCCAGGAGGGGAGCUGGGCGGCAGAGUACUGCUCCAAAGUUCUCCACAACUCCUCCCGUGUCAACCUCAGCGCCACGGAGACGUGCGACUACAAGAAGUGGGCGGCGGAGUCUUUUGCCAACUCGACCCUCCUGGAGCUCUGCAGGGACAGGGAGGGGUUGUGGGAUCACGUCUGCCGCAAUGCCACCUUCUACCGCCGGCUGGCUGCGACCAACCCCUUGCUGCUGGACUUCUGCACCACGCAGGGAGCCAAGCCGGAGGGCGCCAAGUGCCUCCUCCAGCGGGUUUUCGACAUGCUGCCCGCCCCUUACGACUUUGACACCUCCCAGCUGUGUGUGAACCCCGCCCCCUUCCUGCUGGAGGCGCUGUAUAAGCUGAGUCAGUGCGAGGGGCCUGUAGAUGAGCGUGUGGGCUGGCUCGGCACGGUCAGCUAUGUGCUGCGUGUUCUGGACUUCGUGGUGGGGCUGUCUGCCGGGCUGGAGGAGGGCGAGAGCGAGGUGCGGCAGGGGCUCGGCCAGGCCAUCCUGCUCUCCAGUCUCCUUGACAACGCCUCUUUCUGGGCCACCCUUCGGCCCAACGCAUCUCUGAGCGUGCUCCAAACGGUGGCCAUCUUCCUUAGGAAGGAGCAGAACCCAUCUCUCAAGGAGGAUCUCCUGAGCUGCUUCAGCCCUGUACUGUGGGACCUAAUCCAGAGAGAAGACAACUCCUCUGCCCUCAGAGUCCUCCUCCAGGAGUACCUUCAGAUGCCCAGAGAGAGCAUUCGCACUAUGCUGAUGUCAGCAGAAAAAGAUGCGGUGAAAAGGUUCCUGUCGCACAUGCAUCAGAGCUGGGACCAGCUGCAGGUGGAAACUACACAGGUAUCUCAGCAGGAACAGCAGGCCAUGGAGACAAUGACCGCCGCCUUCAUCCACAAGUUCCCACGCGUCACCCCCGACCUCUUCGUCGACCUCUCUCAGUUCAUCCCCUUCAUGUCUGUCUCUGAUAUCAUGAGCUUCCCAGCCUCCUUGAUGGCCAAUGACAGUGUGUUGAUGGCUAUCCGUGACCACAGCUCCGACAUGAAGUCUCAACAGAAGAGGGCUUUUGUCAAGAGGCUCCUGCAGUCUCAUGCACUGGGAGAGGUCCCCUCCUGGCCACCGUACUUCCUGAGUUCCAUCCUGCCCUUGCUCCCACACUUACCCAUCUGCCACUUCCAGCAGCUCACAUCGCAGCAGCUCAGCCCCCUGGUGGAGGUGUUGGGGAACAGCAGCUUGGAAUCCAUAAGGGGGCGCCACAUCCUCCGCACAGUCUUCACCAAGAAGAUGAACCUUACCAGCAAUGAUCUUUUGAGGCUUGGGGUUUUAUUGUGUUACCUGAGCCCAGAGGAUGUGCAUGUGCUUCUGUCAACCUCCCCACUCUCACAAGUUCUAUGGCAGCGUCUGGCGCUGUGUGUAACUGAAGGCCUCACCAGUGCCUCUGGCAGGCUGUCUCAUUGGCUCAUUCUGGCUGUGAGGGCCCUGAACAGCAGCGCCCUGAGCUCACCAGCACUGACAUCACUACGCGGGCUUCUUCCCCAGCUAGGAGCCUCCUUCCUGCAGCCGCUCCCCUUGCCCCAAGUCCUGGACCUCCUCUCUCAGCCUGGCCUGUCCAGGUAUCCCCCUGCGCAGGCUUUCCAAGUAUUAUCCAGGAUUACACAACAUACAAAUCUCAGCAUGGAUACAUUGUGCCAGCUGAAGCCUGUGCUCCUGGGUUUGUCUCCCGAUGUCCUGAGGGCCCUGUCUGUGUCCGAGCCCGGGGACACGUCCUUCUGUCGGUGUUGGAGCCCCCUGCUGGCCGAGCUGCGCCCCGCACACAGAGCCCUGCUGUAUGGCGCUCUACAGCAGGCCUUGGACGCAAACGCGGUGAACAUGACCUCGCAGAUGUGGUGCCUUCUGCCUUUCGUGUCCCUGAGGAAACUAACGUCAGAAUUAGACGGAGCCGCAGUCCUGAGAGACCUCACGCUCUACAAACACCUGCCCUGGUCCCCCCAGCAGGCUCAGUUACUUUUCAAGAAGAUCCUUCAGACCGAAAACAUCACAAGAGAAACUGUUGAAAGCCUGGGCCGCAUUGCUGGUGGCAUGAGCUGUGACUGGCUGCGGCUCUGGGCCAAUGAGUCGGACUUCUCUGAGCUGCUGCGAUUCGUCAGUGAGCUGCCAGGAGAAAUGCGGCCAGCUCUGAGAAAAUGUGUCAUUGAGGAGCUUCAGAAAAGACCCGAGACGGAUCUGAACGUUCUCUCCCCGUCAUUCUCUGCAGGAUUACCGGUGAAGAUGAUUGAGAGUCUCUCCAAUGUUUCGCUUGUAGCGGUUGUGGACUUCGUCAGGCAGAACUUCACCUACUUCCUGCGGCUGCCCCGGCACAAGCAGACAGCCCUGGCUGAACAGGCGCUCUCUGUCCUGGGCAUCGCCCAGGAGGAGGGCAUCUUUGGGACAGCUCUCGACCUCUUGGGUCCCCUCCUGCCGUUCCUGGACAGGGAGACGCUUGGGCAGGUGGACCGAGAGGCUCUGAGACUGCGCCUGGAGGACCUAAAGGGGUACUGCUUGCCUCAGGACGUCCUGACGGAGAUUGCCAGGGUGCUUACGGACAGGGGCUUGUUUGGUGAGCCUUCCUCCUGGACUGUGGGGGAGGUAGAACAUGCCAGCAGGCUAGUGUUUGCUCUUUCACCUCAGCAGAUCGCCUCACUCCCCCUGGACGUUCUUGGCCCCGAGACUGUGGAGCAGAUCCUGCAGGGCCAGAGGAGCUGGGAGGACAGUGAAGUGGGCGGGGCGUGUCGGCGCAUGCAGGGGCUGAGGGAGAAGAGCGAGAGUCUGCUGCGUGGGGUUGUCCGGAGGAGGGGCCGGAGGAGGAGAGAACCCAUCCCGAGCUGCGCAGACAUCAAGGGGACGUUCCCGUCGGCGUGGAGGGCGGCCCAGCUGGGACGGAUGGGGGAGGGCGAGCUGGAGCAGUGCGCGGAGGAUCUGGGUCAGGACGGGUCCCUCAGCCCCGAGCAGCGGCGGACGCUGUGGUCCAAACUCAGACGGUCUUACGCUCCAGUGAAAGCCCUGAGGCCGGAGCAGAUCCUGGAGCUGGGCUGCAUCGUGACUGAGAUGAGCGAAAGGGAGCUGCAGGAGGCUAACCUGACCAACCUGGGGGUGGUGGCCCAUCUGGGGGCGCUGACAGAGUGGAACCCAAAGAAGAUGAGAGCAGCCGUGCUGAGCUUCCUGCGCAGAAGCAGGCGGAAGCCGCAGGAGCUCGGAGGGACGGAGAUGGCAUCUCUCGGGCAUCUGCUCUGUGGUCUCACCUCCGCUGAAAUCCAGCGCCUGGACCCCUACCAGCUCAGCCUGGCCGUCCUGUUCCUGAGGGAUCUCGCCCUGCCGUGCACUGAGCAGCAGCUGGAGGCCCUGACCGCCUGGCUCUCCCACCCCCUGGCCUUCGGGCCGGUCAGCAGCUGGGGCCCCGAGGUCUUCACGGAGAUUGGAACGUUAGCAGCGGGGCUACCGGACAUGGUGCUCUCUGCUCUGGUGAAGGAACAGAUGGAGGGUCUGACACCUGCAGCUAUCGCCCUGAUUCCCCCCAGCAAGCUGGCGGUGGUGUUUAGCGUAACCCAGCUAUCUUGGCUCAGCCUGGAGCAGGCCUCCGCCGUGACGGAGGAACAGUGGACCGAGCUGGGCAGCGAGCAGAGACAGGCCGUGGUGCGCGCGCUGUACGAGGGGGAAGUCAUUCAGGAGCACAGGGGGAGAAACUGGGCCCCUUCGAUGUGGUCGGCAGAGAGCCUCUCUAUAAAGCGCAGCACCUAG